UAUCUAAAUCGGCUUUCACAUCCAAAUAAUACCAAUUACCUUACGUUACGGAUUUGGAUUAACCAGUGGGUGAAAAGAAAUCGCCAGGAUGAGUAAACUAUUGAAGAAGGAAUUUAAGCCGCCGGUUGAGGAGGGCGAAUGUAUGCCCAGUUUUACCUUGGAACCCGUUGACACCGGAGGCGAGGAAGGUGAAAAAAUCGAAGUUCGCGUGAAGAUAGAAGGAAAUCCCAAUCCUAAAGUAGUCUGGAGGAAAGGCAACUGGUUAUCGAUAGAUGAUGGAGGAAGAUAUAUUGUCAAAGGAGAUCCAAGUACAUCGACAUACACUAUGACCAUCAAGGCCGCAAGACCAACAGAUGUCGGCAAGCACAAGGUAGUAGCGAUGAAUGACUACGGUGAAGUAACAGCGUUAUUCAAUAUCAGGGUUGCACGUAAAGUAAAGGAAGAAGGAUUCAAAAUCAAUCUCAAGAAAACAGAAAAGAAAUCAAAAGUAAAGAAGACUCAAGAAGAAUUAGAAAAGGAGGUUUUAGAAAUUUUGAAGAAAGCAGAACCGAGAGAUUAUGAGAGAAUUUGUAUGCAACAUGGUUUCUAUGACUUCAGGCACAUUCUCCACAAGUUGAAAGCAGUGAAGCGUGAAGCAGACCCCGCCCCUGAAUUCGAAGCUUGUAAAAUACUGCGAGGGCUGCGUCACGUGACCGUAAAUGACGAAGGAACAGCUGUCUUCGAAAUCCACAUGGAGAACGUCGCUCCAGACAGACAACUUCGAUGGUUGAAGGAUGGCGAAUUCGUUCAAAUUCCAGGUGACGAAAGACGUCAUGAACUGCGAAGAGUUGGAAAUGUGUUUCAACUUAUUAUUCGAAAUGUCAGACCUGAAGACGCGGGAACCUACACUCUGGAAGUUGGAAAUGAGAAAUUUAACGCUAAUCUUACUAUUAAAGAACGACCUCUCGGUUUCGAAAGUCAACUCGUCAGCCAGAAAUGUACAAUCAAGGGAAGAUGUGUAUUCGAAUGCACAGUGACUCGUCGUAAUCUGAAGGUUACUUGGCUCAAAGAUGGCAAAGAAAUUAAAUUCGGUGGUGGUCUCGACAGAUUACAAGCUGUCAGUGAGGGAAGAGUACAUAAGUUGAUUCUUAUGGAACUGAAGAAAGAAGACCAAGCCAAAUAUACGGCGAAAGUUGGAGAGAUCACGUCAUCCGCCACUCUCACUGUACAAUCCGCACCAGUUCGAUUCCGUAACAGGCUAUCUGACACCGAGGUGAAAGAGAGAAGUACUGCAAUGUUCGAAUGCUCAGUCAGUUCGAAAGACGUUGAAGCUCAGUGGUUCGUUAACGGAAAACUUGUGACUAAAGGAGGAAGGUACAAAAUCACUCACUCUGGAGAUAAGCACUCACUAUUCAUUGAUAACGUCACACUAGCUGAUAACGGAGCAAAAGUCGAAGUGAAAGUUGGAGACAGCGCUUCAAGUGCAACAUUGAACGUCAACGAAAAACCAAUCAAGGUCGUAAAGAAGAUGGAAGACGUGAAAUGUCGUACUGGAGAAAAAGCUGAAUUUUCAUGUGAAAUUGACGAUAUUGAUCAGAAAAAUGUCAAAUGGUUCAAGGAUGACAAAGAAAUUAAGCCAUCGAAAGACAAGUACGAACUCAAGCAAGUCCGAGGGAAGUUUAUUCUUGUUGUGAAGAACAUCGAUUUCAAUGAUGAAGGAAAUUACAGUUUCCAAGUUCGUGGUGUGAAACAGGCUGCAAACCUUGCUUGUACAAAUCCACCUUCUGUCGACAAAAAGUUCCUUGAGAACGUAAGGAAAAAUCCAUUGAAAUUCAAGGCUGGAACGAAAGCAAAGAUCGUUGUUCCAAUAAUUGCCAAAGAUCCAAUGAACGUGUCCUGGACAAACGGGCGUGUUACUUUGGAAGAACGUGGUCGAUUUCAUAUGCAUAACACGAGUAAAGAAGCAAUUGUUGAAGUGCAAGCUUGCAAGAUAUCUGACAGUGGAGAAUAUGAAGUUAAAAUUCAAAAUGAAAAUGGUGACAUCACAGUAGCAAUUCCUGUCAGAAUCGUAGACAAACCGAACUCACCAUCCGGAGAAAUCAAGUUUUCAGAUAUUGAGAAAAGCGCUGUCACCAUGUCUUGGGAACCGCCUGUCAAUCUGGACGUCCCUGUCGAUAACUACAUCAUUGAAGCUCAAGUCGAAGGUACCAAUCAAUGGAAAAAGAUUGCAAAAGUCAAACCAGACAAAACAUCAUUCAAGGCUACUGGACUUGCAACAGGCAAAGCUCACAAGUUCAGAGUGAAAUCCUCAAAUUCAGAAGGCGAGAGCGAACCACUGGAAUCUGACAAGAUUACACCGAUUGAGCCGGAUCAACCACCAAAGAUUGAUCAGAAAAUCAUUGAUCAACUGGCCAAAACUCCGAUAGUAGUUAAUGCGGGAGAAACAGCAACGAUUAAGAUUCCUGUUGACGGAAACCCGCCACCUAGUGCUUCGUGGAUGCAUGAUGGCGAAGAAAUUCUCCCAGUUAAGCAUCACAGAGCAAAGAAAGAUUCAACAACCAAGGACGUUACUUUGAAAAUUACAAAAUGUCAACGCAGUGAUAACGGGGAAUACGAAGCUCAUAUCUUCAAUAAUGUUGGCGGGGUUGUCGUCAAAACAAAGAUCGUUGUCAAUGACGUUCCCGCUUUCAAGGAAGGUGCUACCGUCAGUAUCGAUAAAGUUUCUCCUAAAGAGGUCAAAAUGUCUUGGAAAGAACCAGAAGAUACCGGAAAUCAACCAAUAACUGGAUAUGAAAUCGAAAGAUCUGUCGCUGGGAAAGAUAAAUGGGAAAAAAUUGGUGACACAAAACCAGGAACCACGAGUUUCACAGCUGCCCAGUGUGCUCCGGGAGAAACAUAUGUGUUCCGAGUCAAAGCAAAGAACAACAGAGGACUCAGUGAACCUGUAUCUUCUGCACCAGUUACUUGCGGUGCCGCAGUUUCACCACCAAAAAUUGAUCCUAAAAUUCUGGAACAACUUGCUAAGACUCCGAUCAGAGUGAAAGCUGGACAGACUGGACGAAUCAAGGUUCCAGUUUCUGGACAACCUCCUCCGACUGUAACCUACACGAAAGAUGGCGAACCCGUGAAAGAGGACAACAAGAGAGUUAUGAGAGACGUGAGCGACGCAGAAAACGCUCAACUGGUGAUUCAUAAUUGCGAAAGAAACGAUUCUGGAAAAUAUGUCGUCAAACUAAAGAACGAAGCUGGAGAAGUUGAAGUUCCGAUAAAUGUUCUGGUUGUUGACAAGCCGGAGUCACCUUCGGGUCCGAUCCAUUUCUCUGACAUCUCAUCCAAAGGAGUAACAGUAUCUUGGACUGCUCCAGAAGACGAUGGCGGAGAAAAAAUAGGUCACUACAUUAUCGAGAAAAGAGAAGAAGGAAAAAAGAACUGGACUUCAGUUGGCAGAACUUCCAAUCCUACAGACACGAGUUUCAAAGCGAAGAAUAUACCAAGUGGUAAAACAUACAGAUUCCGAGUACGUGCUGUCAAUAGUCUGGGCGAAAGCGAUUCUUUGGAAUCCGAACCAGUGGUGGUUAAAGAUCCAUUUGAUGCACCUUCCAAGAUUAAAGGAGACAUUGAUCUCGAUACAGCAACUGACGACUCCAUCACUAUUUCAUGGAAGGGGGUUGAAGACGACGGUGGUAGCGAGGUUAAAGGUUAUUACGUUGAGAAAAGAAAGAAAGGACAGAAUACGUGGAGUAGAUGUAACCAUGAUAAACCAUGGGAAGGACAAACAUAUAAGGCCACCGGACUCCGAUUUGAAACUGAAUACGAGUUCCGCAUUAUCGCAGUUAACUCUGCAGGAGAGGGUCUGCCCAGUGCACCUUCCAAACCUUUCCCAGCUCGCACGCCUGUCGAUGCACCCGGGGAGCCUUCAGAUUUGGAACUGAUUGACUCCUCCAAUUCAUCACUUACAUUAGCUUGGAAAGGAACUGAACAACAUGGCGGUGCAGACCUUCUUGGAUAUGAGAUUGAGAUCAAAGAGGAAAAUUCGAAUAACUGGCAACUGUGGACAGACGGAGCAAUCAUGGGAACGUCGUGUGUACUGAGAGGUUUGAGAGAGGGAGCUUCAUACAAUGUUCGAAUGAGAUCUGUGAAUCGAGGCGCAAGAAGCCGGUACUAUUACUACAAAGGUGUCAUGACAGCUGUGGAAGUAAUGAUGGCUCCAACUUUCAAGAUGACGCCUGAACUGGAAGCAUGUGUGAGAGAUGGAUUCCAAAUCAACGCAGGAAGCACAAUCAGAAUCAAUGUUCCAUACCAUGGAAGGCCUAGGCCUCAGAUAGUCUGGAAAAAGGACGGAGAGGAAAUUGAUGUAACUUGUGAAAUCAUCAGUUCUAUCGGAAUAGAUCAACUGAUCAUCAGACAUGCAAGAGGAUAUCAUUCUGGCAUCUACUCGGUCACACUCACCAAUACUUCGGGAUCUGACACAUUGAAAGUACCAGUCAAAGUUUUCGAUUCUCCAACUCCACCAACCGGUCCUUUGAAGGUCUCCAACGAGACUGAUUCGGCGAUCACGUUAAGAUGGGGAAAACCAAAAUACGAUGGAGGAAAACCGAUAAAAGGAUAUGUGAUACAAAGACGCGAGGCUAGAGGAAGAGAUUGGCAGACAGUUGCUCAAAACGUUCAGAGAUGCGAGUACGUUGUUGAUAAUUUGGAAAAAUCUCGAUCCUACUAUUUCCGUGUCCAUGCUGAGAACGAGAUUGGAAGAAGCGAUCCUCUUGAAUGCAAGACUGUAAUUUAUAUCAAGCAAGCUGUCGCUAAAGUACAAAUUGAAGAAAUGAAGUAUGACGAGAAAGAUCUGAGAAAACCACCAUCUAUCACUGUGCCGUUAAAGGCAAGAGUCGUACCAGAAGGAGUAAAAGUUACUCUCAGUUGUUCUAUUGGAGGAAAGCCACAGCCUUCCAUAACGUGGUACAAAGAUAAUAAAAAUAUCAGUGAAAACUGUAAUUACUUUAAAGAAAAUGUUAUUGGAUUGUGUCGUCUAGUCAUCAAGUGUACAAAACCAUCAGAUGCUGGAGUUUAUAAGAUUGUUGCUGAAAAUACGGUCGGUUCAGCUACAUCAGAAGCAAACCUCAUUAUUGAAAAAGAAUAGAGAGUACUCGUGUUUCAUGAGAAAUAAAUUAGUUUCAAGACUUGCAGCCUGUGAUCAGAAAGAAAUUUAUAGACUUAUGCCAAUCUCUGCAUGUAUCUCUGAAUAAUUCUUUUAUAGUACGAUAUUAUAUACUAUGAUAAAAUUUGAGUAUAUUUGCUAGAAUUUAUGUGUAAUCAUUAUAAUGAGCUAUUAUGGAUAUUCUUUCUAAAUAACCAAUACAAACAGCUUGAGGACAUUGAAACUUCCAAAAUACUUUUCGUAACAGAGUCAAAAAAACGUGAAAUUAUUUAAACUGUACAUUCAACAAUUCGAUAGAUUUCUAUCUUUUAUUGGACUUAAGGAAGAUAAAGAUUCAUUUAGAACUUUUUCUUUUUUGAUUUGUUGAGCGUUUCCUUAUUAAAGUCAUUUUAGCAUUAUGUAUACAUUUAUAUAUAAAAUAUUGCAUGCUAAACCUUUCUUGGUUUUAUUAUUCUGCCUGUUUUAGGUAUGUAUAGUUAUGUUUGAGCUUAUAAAGUGCUGAAAUAAUUUGUUAAUAUGAUAAAAGUCGUCUCUCAUACAAUUUUAUUGCUUUAUUGAUGUACGAUUGUGCUUUAUUACAUACAGAGUGAAAAUAAAAUUUAAUAAAAUCGUUUAGUAUUUGUCUUUUGUGAUUUGAGGACGUGAGGCGAUUUCUUCUUUUCUCAAACAUUGGUAUAAUUAUGACUACAUAUCUGCUGACGUCAUUUGGAUAGUAAAUCUUCUGAACAUUUACCGCAGGGAUUUAGGUUAUUGGAUUGGCGCUCCAGAAGUGUGUGUACCAAUAUGGAGGUAACUAAUUUUGUUUGCCUACUUAACAUCAAGUUGUAUAAAGGGACUGGAACCUAUG